AAUUUGGAUAGAAUUGAUCAGCACAAUUUACCAUAUGAUAAUAAAUUUGCCUCGCCUGCUACGGGUGGUAGAAGAUUUUCUUCAUUUAGAGGAAUAAAUAUAAAUCAUCCUGAUUUUCAAGGAAGAGCUUCUUGGGGUGUCACGAUUAAACAAGGCUCUCCCAACAUUGAUGAUUAUGGUCAUGGUACUCAUGUAGCAGGAAUU